CAUGGUUUGAAUAAGUUUGUCGGGCUCGAGAAUUAUCUUUCUUGCUGCUCCACAAUAGACAGUGUUUUGAAUACUCCAAGAGGUAAAAAUCAAAAAGAUAAAGUUUCUCUUAAAACAAAAAGUGGAAAUAUAUUGAUCGAUUAUGAGAAGUACAUGGAUAUCAUAGAAGUAUUUAAACCCAAUAUGUAUGUUACUUUAAGCAUAUCAGAUACUGAUUGGGAUAGUUCAUAUUCUCUUAUUGAAAAAUCAGUCAAUAUUUCAAACAGGCUUUUCAUGAGUUGUUUAGAACGGCAUCAUAAAUCAGAAGUUUUGAAAGGAAGUGGUGUGAUUGCUCCAAUCCAAGGUGGUUACAAUAUCCAAGAAAGAAUUCGGUCAGCAACAUUUUUAUCAGAAUAUAAUGAUUUAUUAGGAUUCCUAUUUGAUGGAUUUUUCACUGAUGGAACUGUAGUUGAAGACAUUCCUGGUAACUUAAUUUUACCUAUUGUCAAUAAAACAAUGGAGUGUCUCCCAAAAGAUAAAAUGAAAAUUAUAUUUGGUGCGUGGACUCUCGAUACUAUAAUUGAUCUUAUAAAUAGUGGAAUGGAUAUAUUCGACUCAUCAUUACCAUUUUUUACAACUGAACGAAAUUCAGCAUUGAUAUUUAACUACGAAUUGAAAUACAAAAAUGAUAUUAUUAUCAUGGAUAGCCAUUGUUGUACAACUGAUCAAAAUAAUGUAGAUAAAUCAAAUAGUUUUGAGAUAUGUUUAAUGGACACAUGUUAUUUUGAAGAUUUCAACCCAAUAAAUGAGUCAUGUUCGUGUUUGGCCUGUAGAAAGCAUACUAGAGCCUACAUUCAUCAUUUAUUGAUGUCCAAUGAACUUCUUGGUAGUUUAUUAUUAACCAUACACAACCUACAUUACUUUCAUCAGUUUUUCAAGGAUAUUCGUGAGGUUUUAUUAAAAAAUAAUCAAUGACUAUUAUAUAUAUAUUAUUUGUUUUCUAUUGUGUUUAAAUGGUCUCAUUUAU